GGCCUACACAUAUGUACCCACGAAGUACUACUAUCCUCAAGUAUCUACACAUGUGCUUACACAUAAGAGUUAUUCGUCCUCCAAAUAAGAUCUUUAAAUUGCCAUUCGAUAGCAGCAUUCAUGUCGCAAUUCGAUAUACGUCGGGUAAAAUUGACUGCCUGGACAAAACCAAACUCGGUGGUGCAUUGCUGACAAGAACGGCCUAGGUAUCAUUUUGCUUACGCUUGGACAGAGUACCUACCACUUGCUUAGGACACUUUGCUUCAUACUGCUUGCUGAGAGACGUGAUCGAACCUGGCUAUAACACUUGAAAAUGGCGCUGUUGGUCAAUGAGAUAACUCUGUACUAAGAGAGUUAUUACUUGGUCUAUUUAACUUAUCACCACAAAAACUACCUACAUACGGUAUGUAAGAUCGGGGCCUAAGUACCUAUGUAGGUAGAUAUAGUUGUGGACAGGUGGCCCCACCUGGACGACAGCUGGAGGGAUAUCAUGUCACCUUGCAGAGCUUCAAGUCUCCACUUAAGCUUGAGGUCCAAAUUGUUUAUCGCAGGCAAAAGCAUCCAUACCUAUGAUCCAACAUUCAAUAGCCUAGCCCACCCCGAACCAGCGCGCUUCAAACCCUCCGAGUACACGCGUCUCUUUUACAAUCCCGAGCAUUUGAAGGAGUGUGCAGCAUACACAGCCAUAAUGACGUCCACAAUUGGCAUCCCGAUUAAACUCCUGAACGAGGCGCAGGGCCACAUCGUCACGCUCGAGAUCACAUCUGGCCAGACAUACCGCGGCAAGCUGCUUGAGGCCGAGGAUAACAUGAACGUACAACUUAAGGACAUCACUGUAACAGCGCGUGACGGCCGAGUCAGCCAUUUAGACCAAGUCUACAUCCGUGGUAGCCACGUUAGGUUUUUCAUUGUGCCGGAUAUGUUGAAAAACGCUCCAAUGUUCCGAAGUCGUAAUGCCCGAGGUCGUGGUGUCGGUCUAGCCAGAGGACGUGCGACCGUCAGCCGUGCAAGGGCUAGUGGUCGCGGUGGGAGGUAAUCAAGAGUACGACAAAAUCAAAGGCUAUUUCCGCAGGGGUUGAGGCUGAGGCUUGUGGGGAAGAACACCAGAAAAGAUACCUGAGAGACCGGCCGGGUCACGGUGAUCAGCUACCUACUUGUUCGACAUUUCAUGGCGUUUGGGGUAAAAUUGAUGACAAAUUCUAGUGGCAUGGGAUAUACCAAUCUGCGGAUGUGCAUAGUAAGACGACGCUUCGAUGGCUUCACAGGGGCUUUUCCCAUAACCGGAUAUGGCAGCUUGGAAAGCUUUUAGGCGCUGUGCCCGCAUGAUACAGAAAAUAGAUUAUCAUCUUUCUCUAACGCGGGUAUAGCUCAUUAGCGAAGUGAACAUGGACUAUAGUGUUUACACAGAAUGAGAGAUAGCGGCGAUGGUAUUCAGUGCACUCUGGCGAGCACCUCGAGUGUACUUAGAUUCUUGGUUAGACGGACGAACUUUGAUCUAGUCUUCAGUGGGGGACGCAGCAUCUAAAGAUUUGGUUCUUACAUUACAGCUAAAAGAUGCAAAGUUCUCUCACGUGAAAAUAUGAUGGCAUUUAGUAAUUGCUUUUCA